AUGGCUCGCUUUGGGGCAUCUAUAAAAAGCGCAUUCCUACGAAACUCGGGCAUUUAUCCUCCGACAAUGCUCAGGAAUUUUCUGGUAGCCCUCGUGGGUCUAACGGCAGCCCGAGGGGUCCAGGCAGCGGCCACGACCCCGGCACCAAACUGCGGAUCGAACCCGGCAGAUAUUGUGUUCCUCCUCGACUCUUCCGGUUCCAUCGGGAGCACGAACUUCCAGAAACAGCUCGAUUUUGUCUCACGCUUCGCGCAGACUUUCGACAUCGGACCGCGCAAUGUCGAAAUCGGCAUCGUCACGUUCGCGACCACCCCGCACAACGAGUUCAAUCUCAACACAUACUCAACCAAACAUGAUCUGGUUGCAGCCAUCCACAAAGUUGGGUAUCACACGGGCGGUACUCGCACUGACCUUGCCCUCAAGUACGUGGAGGCGAACAGUUUCACCCAAGCCGCCGGCGACAGAGCAGGAGUCGCAAACAUCCUCAUUGUAAUGACAGACGGCAAGUCGAACGUGCCGGCAGAAACCGUCAAAGAGUCUGCUCAUAUACACAGCAAUCUUAAUGCUAAGAUUUUCGCGAUCGGUAUCGGGUCCGGCGUGGACAAGGCGGAGUUGCAGACGAUCGCCACGAACAGCCAGCACGUGUUCAAUGUGAGCAGCUUCGACGCCCUCAACACCCUACAGGCCGAGCUGAAAAAGACAGCGUGCAGAAUUGACGGAGCUUGGACAACGUGGGGAUCAUACUCCCCGUGCACAAAGUCCUGCGGAAGCGGCACUCAGUUCCGUGAGCGCUCCUGCACCAACCCGCGCCCGGCUAACGGCGGAGCAGACUGUACCGGAAACGCCAGAGAGAAUCACGCGUGUAACACAGCGCCUACGGCACCUCCACCGACAACCACGGUUCAGACGCUCCCUCCAGCCACAAUGGCUACUGGUUGUGUUGAGCCCGCGGACAUUGUGUUCAUCUUGGACGCUUCCGGAAGCGUCGGGGCUUCGAACUUCCAGAAAAUGCUGGGCUUUGUCAACACCCUGGUAGACGGGUUCCCGAUCGGGCCCACGCAGACUCAUAUCGGACUGCUGACCUUUGACACGAAGGUCUACAACCAGUUCCAUCUGAACAAGUACAACGACAAGACCGCCAUCAAGAACGCAGUUACAAGCACUCAGUACACAUCUGGCACAACGCACACGGCUGAGGCGAUCAAGUACGCCCGGGAGACGUCCUUCUCCACCGCCAACGGCAUGAGGGCAAAUGUCGCCAAGGUCGCUAUCAUCGUCACUGACGGCAAAUCCAACAACGCCGCUGCCACGGCUUCAGAGGCAGCCAGCCUGCGCGCACAUGGUAUCACCGUGUUUGCGGUAGGUGUUGGGGCUGGCGCCCAACAGAGCGAGCUGAAUUCAAUGGCAACGGACCCGGACAGCUCCCACGUGUUCCAAGUGGACAAUUUCAACAACCUCGCCAACAUCAAGGCCUCGCUGUCACACCAGGCGUGUGAAGUCAAAGUGGUAACGUUGCCGCCGACGACGCCUGCUCCGAAGGCGGACUGCCAAGCCCAGGCGGACAUUAUGUUCCUGCUGGACUCUUCCGGUUCCGUGGGCUCCCCCAACUUCCAGACAAUGAAGGGCUUUGUCCACGACAUGAUGAACAGCUUCAACAUCGGGCCUAACGCCGUCCAGGUGGGCGUGGACACGUUCCAGACGAGCGUCAAGGCAGAGUUCUACAUGAACACGUACCAAGACCGCCCGAGCGUCCAACAGGCCAUCAACAACAUCGCUUAUCACUCCGGCUUGACCAACACUGGCGAGGCUCUCGAAUUCAUGCACACUGACAGUUUCUCCGCCGCGCACGGUGACAGAGCCAAUGUACCCAACAUCGCCAUCGUGGUCACUGACGGACAGUCAAACAACCCGACCCUCACGGCUGCGGAAGCGAAGGCGGCCAGGGACGCCGGCAUAACCAUCCUUGCCAUCGGUGUCGGCCACGGUGUGGUGCGGUCGGAACUCAACGAGAUCGCUUCUGACCCAGACAGUACCCACGUUUUUACUGCCGACUCGUUUUCUGCCCUGAGCUCCUUGAAUGCCCUCCUGUCUACAAAAGCGUGUGAAGUAUCGAAACCUCAUGCACAGCCGCAUACCGCCCCUAACUGUGCGGCCAAGGCCGACGUCGCUUUCAUUCUCGAUUCUUCCGGAAGUAUUGGUGCCACCAACUACCAAAAAAUGCUCCAGUUCGUUCGUGACGUCACAUCUAAGUUUGACGUCGGUCCAGACAAGGUGCGCAUUGCAACGGAGAGUUUCAGCGACAGAACAUUCCCACAAUUUAAUCUGAACAGGUAUACGACCCAGCAGCAGGUGGACCAGGCCAUCGCCAACAUCCCGUACAAGCAGGGAACCACCAACACGGGACAGGCUCUCCAUGACGCCUACACCACGAUAUUCAACCAGAACAACGGUGACCGUCCUGGCAUACCCAACAUCGCCAUCGUAGUUACAGACGGACGGUCGACAAACCGACCUAACACUCUGGCUGAGGCACAGAAACUUCGCAACUCUGGCGUUCAGGUGUUUGCUGUCGGUGUAGGUGGCGGUGUGGAUACGUCGGAGCUAAACGCAAUCGCGAGCGACCCGGACAGUUCCCAUGUGCUUACCGUGCAGGAUUUCAGCCAGCUUGCCUCGAUCACCGCCUCCCUCAACAGCCAGGCAUGCGCCGACAGUGAUGACAACGAUUCCUCCGCACGCAUGCCAGGACAACUUGCCAAACUGCAAAGCGUAUGCAUUACCCGGGGUGUGCACGAGCUACGCCGAGUGGUCGCACAGCAACUGCGCUGCAAGCUGUGGCUUCUGUCGUAA